UGAUGGAUUUAACUGAACUACAAGGGAAAAGUAAACUUUUAAUACUGGAUUAACUUUUACGGUGGAAUAUCAGAUCUAAAAUUAGAGUUGGCUCAUUUUGUUAAUCACUCUCAACUUUAGUUUCUAACUGUCUCUGAACCCCUGGGACAAGUUGCCUUUACGCACAAUUUGCGCCAUGGCGAACUCGUGUCUUCAACUGAGCGGCUUCCUCAUCAGCUGCCUCGGCUGGCUCGGCAUCGUGAUCGCGACAUCCACCAAUGAGUGGGUGUUUAUGUGUAAAUACGGUCUGAACACAUGCAAGAAGAUGGAUGAGCUGGGGGCCAAGGGACCCUGGGCGGACUGUGUCAUCUCCACAGGACUGUACCACUGCGUGUCCCUGACGCAGAUCCUGGACCUGCCAGCCUACGUCCAGACGACUCGUGCCCUGAUGAUCACAGGUUCGAUCCUGGGUCUCCCAGCAGUGGGAAUGAUCCUCAUGUCCAUGCCCUGCAUCAGCCUCGGGAAUGAACCCCAGAGCUCCAAGAACAAACGCACCAUCCUGGGAGGAGUGCUCAUACUCAUAGUUGCAAUGUGCGGUAUGGUGCCUACAGUCUGGUUUCCCAUCGGCGCUCAUCAGGAGCAGGGCCUCAUGUCAUUCGGCUUCUCUCUCUACACUGGAUGGGUGGGCACUAUCUUCUCCCUGCUGGGCGGGUGCAUUCUUACCUGCUGCUCCUCAGAGCCCUCCUCAUCUCGCUCCUACCAGGACAACAAUCGCUUCUACUACUCCAAACAGGGAGGUGGCAACCCGCCAGCAGCCGCCUCCACCAAUCAUGCCAAGAGCGCCCACGUCUGAGAGGGUAGAUUCUGCAGCGGAUGUAUAGGGGACUGUAGUUUGUAUAUAGAGACAUAUACACUCGCACACCAAUCCAAUCACUGUUACAUGCAAACCUAUAGUGGAGGAGAAGGAGACACAUAAACACAGUCAUUCAUGUUCAAGAAAAAUACACAAAGUCUUGAAUGAGCACACAUUCAGAAAACACACAUAAAAGAGAGAUUUACACACCCAAACACACAAAGACUGUUUUUGUUGGAGCUCUUAUUUUUCGCAGAUGGAUGUUUUUGGAUCGCAGAGCUCAUCUUAUGGUCUCCUCAUGUUGGGUGCGGUGUGGACUCUCCCUGCUGUUACAUAAUCGUUCAAGCUCCUGAAUAACUGCCUGCACAGCAGCCUGAGGUCCCAAUUACUCGAGGCCCUUGUGGACUGAGAUAUUGAUCUUUUAUAUUAUAUCUAUUUUUCUAUUUCAAUGUUUUUAUUCAUAAAUUUGUUUUUUAAAUCCUAUAAAAUCAUGAUCUGUUGUUUUGAUAUGAGCAGGUAUGACAGUAUUAUGUUUGAAAAUAUGUUCAUUUACGUUGUUUAUCCACAUUGAUUUUUCUAUGGCAGUAUUGUGCAACUCUCUAGUGCGAUUGCCUCCUGAGUGAUGGACUUGAUUAAAAAAUGCAGCACUGUGUUUUUCCCAGCCACUGCAGGAUGAUGGGAACAUAAAUUUCACAGCAGAGCUUUCGCCAGCAGUGUUACAGUCACUACUGGAGCCUUCGUAUGUGCACUGACUUGGCAAAAAAUGACUUAUUAGAGAGUACAAAGCCUUAAUCUAUCUUCCUCAUCUGAUAGUAAUAUUUCAUAAUCCAAACCUUACACAUUUCCAUGUGACUAACUUGCUUUGUUUAUUUUUGAAUAACAACUAUGUGACAAAAAGCAGCUUAUCCUGUAACUGUGGAAUUAUACAUUUCCAUUCUUAGUCAAACUUCUUCACAUAGACCAGGUCUCUAAAGUAUGUUUCUAUGAGCAUGCACAAAAGACAGUGUUAUAUCAAUUAGCUUCUAUCGAAGGAAUGUGAUGACUUGAAUGUUCGAUAACUCAAAGUACUUUGAACACAGAUGGAAAUUUCCAACUCAUAUCUGUGCAGAAGCAGUAUUAUCUGGUUAUUUAUUGUUCACUGAUGUGCUGACAUUUGAUUUUCUACAAUAAAGACAAAAGAAUUAAAA